UCCUUUAUAAACUGGGCGGGCACUCCUCCUGCUGAACCAGGCAGGAAGGGAAAGGCAGGAACAGGCUCGCCCAAGGGCAGCUGUUGCACCCUGAAGAAAGCAGCCAGCAUUUAGAGCGCCUGACAGGAAAGCGAGUGCUGUGCACUGAAUAAUGUGCCCAGGGUCUGCCCCUCACACCCUGUUGCUGCCUGGCCUCCCCCAAGAGAACCACCAGAGACAGGCGCUCUGACUGUUCCGAGGCGGGGAAAAUGGAUGAGGAAACAACAGGCGACUUGGAGACCUUGCUGGAAAAGCCAGAGCCAGCUGAGCUGAGGAAACCGGUGAUCUUCAGAACUUACAGGCGGCGAUGGUUCCUGCUGGUGGUGGUCUGCCUGCUGAACUGCUCCAAUGCCAUGCUGUGGCUGACGUUUGCUCCAGUGGCUGACAAAACAGCAGCCUACUUCCACAUCUCCAUGGAUACAAUUAACUGGCUGUCCCUGGUGUACCUUCUCAUAUCUAUCCCAUUUGGACUGGUGGCAACCUGGAUUCUCGACACCGUGGGACUCAAGUGUGCUGUGAUGCUUAGCGCUUGGCUGAACAUGGUUGGAAGCGUCAUCCGGACUUUCAGCGUCAUCAGCUUCCUGAGUCUGGGAUCCCUGACCUACAUGUACCUGUUCAUAGGACAGUGCCUCUGUGCUCUGGCCCAGCCACUUGUCAUAUUUUCUCCAACAAAACUAGCGGCCCUGUGGUUCCCAGAUCACCAGAGAGCUACAGCAAAUAUGAUCUCUUCAAUGUCUAAUCCUUUGGGAAUUCUUACCGCUAACUUGCUGUCCCCUGCACUUGUGUCUGAAGAAAAAGAUAUACCACUGAUGCUUGGACUGUACAUCAUCCCUGCAGUCACAGCCUGCAUCCUAGCCAUGGUUGGUGUUCACGACAAGGUCCCUCCAACUCCACCAUCAGCAAGCGCCACAUAUUCCACCUCGCAGCCAUUUUUCACAGGCUUGAAAAUGCUUCUGAGAAAUAAACCAUACAUCAUCCUGAUGGUCUGUUUUGGAGCAGGGAUUGGGAUGUUCACCUGCUUUUCGACUCUUCUGGAACAGAUCCUGUGUGUAAAGGGGUAUUCAAAUUUCUUUGCAGGCCUGAAUGGUGCAUUGUUCACUGUGUUUGGGUUACUUGGCGCCUUCCUUCUGGGACUGUACGUCGACAAGACCAGAAAAUUUAUAGAAUCCACCAAGGUCUGUUUCUGCCUGGCUGCACUAGCCAGCAUCGCAUUUGCAGUAAUGUCUCAGUUCAGGAAUCAAGCCAUUCCACUGGCUCUGAUCAGCUCGCUGUUUGGGUUCUUUGGCUUUUCUAUCUACCCCAUUGCUAUGGAGCUAGCGGUAGAAUGCUCCUACCCCGUGGGAGAGGGAACAUCCACAGGCUUCAUUUUUGUUUCAAGUCAGAUCCAAGGAGUGAUCUUAAUGCUUCUAGUGCAAGCCCUCACGGUGCAGAUUUCCACGGCUCCAUUCUCUACCUGUGACAUUGAGGAAGGUGGAGCGUUAGACUGGACAGUUUCCACGCUGGUGAUGGCUGGAGCAUGCAGUGUUGUAGCCUGCUUCUAUGUUAUCUUCUUCCACUCCGACUACAAGAGACUCCAUGCCGAAGGAUCGAAUGCCACCUCAGUCAACAAAAUUGGAAUAGAAGCAACAGCUCCUGAAGCCUAAAAUGUCUUAUUUACAACUGUACACUAGAAUGCUGGGAAAAAAGGACUAAUCUCUGUGGGAAAGGGCCAGUCACACCUGUGCAUUCAGCUGGCACGCUGGGGCCCCAAGCCUGGUAUGGAUCUUAUAGGUGCUACGACAAUACAAAUGCUACGCCAAGUUUGAUGACAGAGGAGCUGGAGUGUUGUCUGUCCCUGUGGUUCUCCACCACAGCCCAAGCUGGGCUUUUAGGACAAGAUGCAAGGGAGGGGGAUUUGUGCUAUUUGGAUCUUGCUAAAGUGAUUAAAAGAACCAAAGAUGGA